GUUUGUGGACUCAAGUGGAAUCCAGAGGGAAACCAACUUGCUAGUGGUGGGAAUGACAAUAAGCUCUUGAUAUGGGACAGAGCAAAUGAUGUACCUCUUCAUAAAUUUCCUCAUCAUACGGCAGCUGUCAAAGCCAUUGCUUGGAGUCCACAUUCACAUGGUCUUUUGGCAAGUGGUGGUGGUUCUCAAGAUAAGCACAUUCGAUUUUGGAAUACUACGACUGGUAAAGCCCUGGAGAGUUACGAUACUGAAUCUCAGGUUUGUAACCUUGCGUGGUCUAGGCAUGCAAACGAAAUUGUGUCAACUCACGGAUACUCUCAGAACCAAAUAAUUCUCUGGAAGUAUCCUACGAUGGAGCAACUUGCUAUUUUAAAAGGACAUACUCUCCGUGUUCUCUACCUUUCUGUUUCACCUGAUGGCGAGAAUAUAGUUACUGGUGCCGGUGAUGAAACUUUACGCUUUUGGAACGUAUUUAACAACGGAAAAAAAGAGAAGAAGCGUAUGACUGCAUUUGAUAUACGUUCACAGAUUCGUUAA